AAUUUUCUCAAGUAAAAAUCUCUGUCUUUCAAUACGUUAUCAAUCUCUCUCUCUCUUAAAAGAGUUUGUCAAGUUUCAAAAGUGUCUUUCAAAUCCGCCAUUGCAGAAGCUUCUCCUUCCAACCCAGAUUCAUAAUUACAUUCGCCAUCAAACUAGUAACUGAACCAAUUUAAGGAAGAAGGUUUUUAAUGGCUAGCAAAAGGAUUCAGAAGGAGCUACAGGAUUUACAGAGAGAUCCACCAACAUCAUGCAGUGCUGGACCUGCCGGGGAGGACUUAUUCCACUGGCAAGCGACUAUCAUGGGACCCUCUGAUAGUCCUUAUGCUGGAGGUGUUUUCUUUGUCAUGAUUCAUUUCCCACCAGAUUAUCCAUUCAAGCCGCCCAAGGUCAACUUCCAGACUAAGGUUUACCACCCUAACAUUAACUCCAACGGCAGUAUAUGUCUUGACAUUCUGAAGGAGCAGUGGAGCCCAGCAUUAACGAUCUCAAAGGUCCUUCUCUCCAUCUGUUCACUCUUGACCGAUCCAAACCCUGACGAUCCCCUUGUUCCUGAAAUAGCCCACAUCUACAAGAACCAAAGAAACCGGUAUGAAGAAACAGCAAGAGCAUGGACCCAGAAAUAUGCUAUGAACUAAAGAUCAUGUGGGUAAGGUAGUAGUCGCGGAUCAGAAUCGUCAGGUACUUUAUAACAAAGAGAUGAUGAUGUUUUAGACAAUGUGUUGAAUGGUGUGUCUUUUUCUUCUUGAUUAACCAAUCUGCCCUAUCAAAGUUGCAUGGCAUGUUUGGUUUUUGUAUAUUAUAACUGCUAUACAUGCGAGAAUUUCUAUAUGUUUCUAUGUAUUUGUGGAUUUCUGUUCUGUUAUACGCUUUUUGGGGCUUAUUAUUCA